AAAAAGCGUUUUUGAUUUGCACCCUGUUUUCUCUAUCCGCUUCUGUUCUACUAACCAUAAUUAGCUAUUUAAGGGAAAGUAGAACUGAUAGACAAUUAGCGACUUUAUCUCAUCAUCAACAUCAUCAUUCGUCUUGAAGCAGGAAUAGAGUCGGGAAGCAUGAUACUGGUGGCGAUAGUGGCGGAGCUGCUGGAGGAGUACACGGUGGUGGUGGCGCGUGUGCUGGAGCACAUGUUGCAAGACGCGCCUCUUCCGUUUCCCCGGCGGGUUCGUUUCCUCAUACUACGCAAUCUCCCUUUCGCUUCUCCUCCUUACACUCCCCACCGCCUUCUCGCCGCCCCACCUCCUCCUCCUCUUCUCUAGUUAUUAUGCUGUAUAUAAAUGUACAUUUCUAUGUUAACACUUUGUUCUUCUUCGUCUUCUUUGUGUUCCCCUCCAAAUUAGCGGCAUUGGAUUUUUUAUUUUAGAGCUUAUUACAUCUUCUGUUUUAUUUAAGGUAAAAUUACA